AACGAAGAAAGUUUAAAUCGACAUUUUCACAAUGAAAUCAUUCAUCAUAUUGACCGUGUGUUUGAGUGCAGUUAUCGCAGUUCCUCUUGAAUUCUCCAAUGAUAUAGAUAAUAAUGAAACGGCUCUGCAUAUGGCCGCCGGAGAAGGCGAUCAUGACAUGGUGAAAAAGCUACUCGAUUUGGGUACAUCAGUUCAUAGCAUUAGUAAUGAUGGAGCAACCUCACUUCAUAAAGCUGCUGAGAAAGGUAAAGAAAAGACAGCACAAGUUCUUCUUGACAGUGGUGCAAAUGUCAAUUCACAAGAUCACAAAGGCUUUACCCCACUUCAUCGAUCUGCUUCUGAAGGUCAUCCAAACAUGGUGAAGCUGCUGAUUGAUAAUAAAGCUGAUGUAAAUAUAGCUGCAAAAGACGGAACAACACCGCUUCAUGUUGCAUUUGAAAAAGAAAAUGCAAAGGUCACCGAAACGCUCAUCACAAACGGUGCAAGCAUGACCAUUCGAAACAAUGAUGGUGAAAGUGUGCUCGGUAUGUCAAUAAAAUCGAUCGAAAAUGGAAUUUCCACCAUUUGGCUUGGUGUUCGAGAAAUGUUCGCCAAAACUGUGCACUUCGUUACGAAUCCAUCGGAAGCCAUUCGAAAAACAAAUCUAAGGAGUUUUACUGUGGGACCUUUCGUUCGACUCAAUUUCGACACUCGUGAUCAUAGCACCGAAGAUUUUGAAUAAAUUCGUUGAAGCAUAAAUUCAUCAUUGGGACCAUUUCAAUUUUGAUUUUAAAUUUAUCAUUUAAUUUUCAAUCGAUUCAUUCACCUAUUUAUUGCUUCAA